AUGACGACGAGAGGGAAGACCUCUCCUCAAAUAAUGAUGAUUUCUCUCUUGUGCAUCUUCGAACUUGCGUUGAGUCUUUUGAUCAUAAAAUACGUCAGUUACACGGAAAUCGAUUGGAUCGCGUACGGGGAAGAAGUGGACGGAUUUUUCAAGUUCAAAGAGUACGAUUACAGAAAGCUAGGAGGACACACGGGACCUUUGGUGUAUCCAGCCGGAUUUGUCUACUGUUACGGCUUCAUACGAUGGAUUACAGGAGAAGAAGUGAGAAACGCGCAAGUUUUGUUUGCGUUUUUGUACGUGUUUAAUCAGUGGUUAGCGCUACGUAUUUUGCAAAGAAGUGGGAAAGUGCCGAUUGCGUUUUACGCGGCGACGUGUUUGAGUAAACGGAUGCACUCAAUAUUUACGCUGAGAAUGUUCAACGACGGCGUGUGCACAAUUUUCUGUCACUUGGCGGUGUUGGCGUUUAUGGACGGCGCAAAGAAGGAGAAGGAGAAGAAGGCGAAGAAGAUGACGAUAAAUAAUGGACGCGCGUGUUUGAGAGGUUUCGCGUGGCUUUCCGUGGCAACUUCGAUUAAGAUGAACGCGUUGUUGUACCUUCCACCGGCGCUCGUGCUUUUAGUCGGAUACGGACAGACCCUGUGGGAGAUACUUUUAUGCGUAAUAGUUUUCGUGGGCGUACAAGUCGCGUUAGCGCUGCCGUUUCUGUUGACGUUUCCGAAGAGUUAUCUGGCGAGAGCGUUUGAGCUGACGCGUGUGUUUACGUAUAAAUGGACGGUGAACUUUAAAUUUUUGAGCGAAGAUUGUUUCGUUUCGAAAGAAUUGGCGCAUGGAUUACUCUCGGUGCACGUCGCGGCGCUUUUCGUCGCCGCGCACAGAAAAUGGUUCCGGCGACGAAAUCUUCCUCCAGGAGCAAAGGAGCAAAGGUUCUUUUGGGAUUUCUUUGGAAACUUCUUUCGCAUCGCAAAGAGAGAUAUUUCGUCUGCGUUUCGUGGUAAAAGUAGUAGCAGUAGUAGUAGUACGAGAAGUAGAAGGAGUGGAAUAGAAAAUAGGAAUAGCGAAAAGAGUGGCUCAGAUGAUGAUAAUGACAAAGAGUUGGAAAGAAUAAAGUAUCCGAGUGAAAACGACGCGGCGCUGAUGUUGGCGCAAGGGAAUUUUAUUGGCGUUUUGUGCGCUCGGAGUCUGCACUAUCAGUUUUACUCGUGGUAUUUCAAUUUAUUACCGUUGAUUUUAUUCAAUCGGACGUCGUUGAUACAUCGUAAAGGUAAUAUUAAUAUGAUUUUCGAAUGCAUGAGGAACGGCGGCAUCAUGUUGUGUUUGGAGUAUUGUUGGAACAAGUACCCGAGCACGGCGUUUUCGAGUUUAUUGUUGCAAGCGACGCACGCGAUGAUUUACGCGACGUGCGUGUUGUAA